AUGGGUGGCGAUAGCAUAGACAUGGACAAGGAGAGAUUGACGGCGGAGAUGGACUUCAAGGACUCAUCCUCCGCCGUCAUCAGAAUCCGCCGCCGUCUGCCGGAUUUUCUUCAGUCGGUGAAGCUAAAGUACGUGAAGUUGGGAUUGGGAUACGGUUAUUCAUGCAACGCAGCCAGCAUUGUGAUGGUAGCCAUCACCCUUCCCAUCUUCUUCUCCCUCACCGGUCUCAAACUCUCCAAACUCUGUUCCCACCAGCUCGACGUCGAGAGUGUGGCUGCCGCUUCGGCGGCGCUCCUUUCCCUCGCCGCUCUCUACUGGUGGAAGCGCUCCGGCGCAGUGUAUCUGGUGGACUUCGCGUGCUACAAGCCGGAGAAAGAGAGGAAAAUCUCAGUGGAGUCAUUCCUUAAAAUGACCGAAGAGACUGGGUUUUUCGAGGAAGAGUCUCUUCAAUUCCAGAGGAAGAUUUCCACGAGAGCGGGUUUGGGCGACGAGACCUACCUUCCCAGAGGAAUCACUUCCCGCCCGCCCAAUCUCUGCAUGAGCGAAGCGCGUUUGGAGGCAGAGGCCGUGAUGUUCGGGGCGUUGGACGCGCUUUUCGCGAAAACGGGCGUUGAACCGAAGGACAUUGAUAUUCUGGUGGUGAAUUGCAGUUUGUUCAACCCUACCCCUUCUCUCUCCGCCAUGAUUGUGAAUCACUACAAGCUGAGAAGCAACAUCAAGAGCUACAACCUGGGCGGCAUGGGAUGCAGCGCGGGACUCAUUUCCGUUGACCUGGCCAAGGACCUGCUGAAAGCCAACCCCAACUCCUUCGCGGUGGUGGUCAGCACAGAGAACAUAACCCUCAAUUGGUACUUCGGCAACGACCGCUCCAUGCUCCUCUGCAACUGCAUUUUCCGAAUGGGCGGCGCCGCCGUCCUCCUCUCCAACAAGCCCUCCGACCGACCUCGCUCCAAGUACGAGCUGCUCCACACCGUCCGAACCCACAAGGGCGGCGAUGACAAGAACUACAACUGCGUGUACCAGAAAGAGGACGAGACCGGGAAAAUAGGGGUGUGUUUGGCGCGGGAGUUAAUGGCCGUGGCAGGGGACGCCCUUAAGACAAACAUAACGACCUUGGGACCGUUGGUUCUGCCUUACUCGGAGCAGUUCAUGUUUUUCCUGUCGCUGGUUCGGAGGAAGGUGCUGAAGAUGUCGGGGGUGAAGCCGUACAUCCCUGACUUCAAGCUAGCCUUCGAGCACUUCUGCAUCCACGCCGGUGGAAGGGCCGUGCUUGACGAGUUGCAGAAGAAUCUGGAACUGAGCGAGUGGCACAUGGAGCCCUCGAGGAUGACGCUCCACCGCUUCGGCAACACCUCCAGCAGCUCCCUCUGGUACGAGCUCGCCUACACCGAGGCCAAGGGUCGCGUCGCCAAGGGGGAUCGGGUCUGGCAGAUCGCAUUCGGGUCCGGUUUCAAGUGCAACAGCGCCGUCUGGAAGGCCGUGCGCGACAUCCCCGUCUUGAGGGAAUGGCGUGGCAACCCCUGGGACGACUCCCUCCAUCGCUAUCCCCUUCAUCUCCCCUCCGCCUCUUCUCCUUGA